GGCGCUAUCAUAUGGAAGAAUAAGAAGUUUAGAAUUAGAUACGUAUCGUAAUAUACGUCAUACGUUCGUAUAUCAUUAUAAACUGGAUCAUAUUUAUUAUUAUAUGAUAUAAAAAGUAGCAAAUAAUUAUUUAAAAUUAAAUUAAAAUAUAAUUAAUAUGCAAAAUAAUAUAUAAGAAAUACAUACAAAAUUUAUUGUCUGUCAUUCUAAUAUUAAAAAUUAAGAUGUCAAAAUUAAUGGAAUGGCUUUUAUUUGCUACUUUAUUUUUUGGUAUAUGGAUUGCUGCAAUUACUAAAAAUGUUAAUUUAUUUUUUAUCGCAGAAUGGAAACAAGUUAUUCUUUUUUUUCCACUCAUUGUUUUAUUUAUAUGUAGUUUAUAUGCAGCUAUUAUUAUUUUAUAUAGAGUUUUCACAUUUAACAAUUGUGAGCAUGCAGCUAUUGAAUUACAGGAACAAAUAGAAGAAGCUAAAAAAGAUCUUCAGAAUAAAGGUAUAGUUUUAAAAAGUAAAUAAAAUGAAAUUUUUAUAUUCAAAAUCAAUAUUAUCUGAAUAAAAUAAUAUAAUAAUA